AUGCAGACUGCUUCUACAAACAUUUAUGAAAUAAUGGGUCGCUCUCAGGAGCUCAGUGAGCUCAUGCAUGGUACCGUGAUAGGUUGCCACCUGUGCAAUAAGUCCAUCCGUGAAAUUGCCUUGCUGCUAAAUAUUCCACGGUCAACUGCUAGUGGUAUUAUAACAAAGUGCAAGUAACUGGGAACAACAGCAACUCAGCCACAAAGUGAGCAGGGUCAGUGAAUGUUGAAGCUCACAGUAUGCAGAAGUCGCCAACUGUCUGCAGAGUCAAUAGAUAAAGACCUCCAAACUUCCUGUGGCCUUCAGAUUAUCACAACAGUGUGUAGAGAGCUUCAUGGAAUGGGUUUCAAUGGC